AUGAAACAAACAAAAGAAGAAAGUGUAAAAUUGUAUUUAGACUUCUAUGAUAAAUAUACGUGGCCUCUAGAAAUAGCUGAAACAUUACUAGAAGUUAGAUAAUAUCUUACAGAAUCUACAAUAUUGUCUUUAUUUCAGAAUUUCUACUUUUCUCAUAAAGGAUAGCGAAUCAAUGAAUACAAUGAAUUUUCAAUACCAGAUGGAGGAAAACUAUAAGUUUUAUUAGGUAUAUAUAUAAAUAUAUGUUUAGAUGAAUUCAAUGAAAGAACAGCUAGAUUUCAUUUAAGAAGAGUGUAAGAAAUAAUAACUAAUUUAUCACAUUAUCAAUAUCUUUGUAAAGGUAAAAAUACAAAUGAAGAUCAAUUAUAAAUCAAAGAGAUAGGAGACUUAUAAUUAAAUGAUAUUCUUUAACCAGCAAUUAAACCAACAUUACUAUUAAAUGAUGACAAUAAAGCUGUAAAAUAAAAUGUAUAAUAAUUGGGACUGUCAUCUUUUAAUCCUCCACCUCUUUCGCGUAAAUUAAAGGGUAAUUAUAUAAGAAUAAUAUUUAGGUGAUCUUUUUUACAUUGUCCUUAAGACUAUUGAAUCAGUUGAAUUGAUAAUAACAGCAUCCAAUUUAGGAUUUUAUGUAAAUAGUACUUAAGGAAGAACAUUUGAACCAACGUAAAAAAGUGAUUGUUAUUAUAAUCUUAUAGAUUUGAUUGUAGAUCACAGUCCUUCUUUUAAGUAAAUUAUUAAUUUAAAUAAAUUAGAAAAGAAUUAAUUAAUGCAAUCCCAGAAUAAUAAUAACCCACAUUACCAGCAACAAUAAGAUAUAAUCAUAAAUGGUUAUCUGUUCCUGAACUUCCACUCACAUUAGAUCAUUAAAGAAGUGAAAGUUGGGCCUUAGAUUUACAUGGAUUUGAUGUAUCUAGUCUAAGAGAUUGGAAUGAAGAAUUAUAAGUCUUUCGUUCUUUACCUAAGACUGAUUUAAUUUAAAAAUUAAAUAGAGAUAAAGCUUUAUCUAAAGUUUAUGGUGAUUUUGUAGAAGCUGCUGUUAGAGGAGCUUGUGCUGUUGUAGAUAAAAUAAUUUAACCUUUAAAUCCUAUGGAUAUAGAAUGUCAAUAAGUUUAUGUUUAUAAUCAAAUAUUCUUUAGUUUUGCUAUGGAAACACCAGAAGAUUUUAGAGUAUUUUAUAUCAUUUAAUAUUAAGUAAGAAAGUGGUCCUGAUGCUACACCAACUGUAUCAACUACUAAUUGUGAUUUCAGAAAUCUUUAAAUUCUACAUAAAUUAGAUAUUCCUGGAUUAAGUGUUUUGAAUACUUGUUUAGUAGAUUAUAAAGGAAGAAGAGUUAUUGCAUAAUCUAUAAUACCAGGAAUCCUUAAUAGUGAUCAUAGUAAUUGUACUCAAUAUGGUUCUAUUGAUGAUGGAAAAACUAUCUAAAAAUCUGAAGAAUUUCAUAAAGUCAUGUCAAAAACAUGUGAAUUCUUCCAUCUUGAUACUGAUAUUGUAUUUCUUGAUAGUAAUUAACAAAAAUACUCUAUGGCUGGAAGCAUAGAAGUCAAAGGAAUUAUGGGAUCAGAUAAAAGAAUGUAUUUACUUGAUCUUUUAAGAUUAUCUCCUCGUGAUUAUAAUUAUUAAGGGGAAAACAAUCAAUGUUGUGUUUUAAGAUUUGAAUUACUUUAAAAUUAUUGGGUUGUUAAUACUAUUUAAAAAAUUAAAUAAAAUAAUAGUGAUGAUCCUAAAACAUAAUAAGAAGCAUAUUAAAAUAUUUAAAAUCUUUUAAUUGGAAAUCCAAAAGAAGGAUUAAAAUUAAAUCCAGCCUUAGGAACUAAAACUAUUUUAUAAUCAUCAGAUAAAUUAACUCAACAAGAAGAAGAUUUAAAGAAAUUGGCUUCAUUUUUGUUAAACUAAGCAAUCCCAUAAUUAAUUUAAGAAUUAUCUCAACCAGAAACAACAAGACAUUCUGAUCUUAGUAUUUCUGAUAUAUUUCAUUCUCAUGGAGUAAAUAUGAGAUAUCUUGGUAAAGUAAUAAGCUUUAUUCGUUCUGAAGAAUAACCAUCAUUAAGACUUACUUUAGAAAGAGUAGUCUUUGCUAAAACUUUAAAACACAUUUUUAGAGAUUAUAUGAGAAAAGCACCACAAAAUUAAUUAUCUUAAGUUUUAUGUCAUCUUUUAAAUGUAAUAUUUUCUAAUUAAAAUCCUACAGUUAAUAAUAAAUAAGAAGAGAAAAAAAAGAAGAAAAAAAAUAAAAACAAAAGUAAUUAAAAUGGUGAUAAACCUCAUUUUAGAUGUUUAAUUUAAAUAAAUAAUUAUUAAUAUCCUACAAAUUAAGAAGUAUGGGAUUAAAUUAAUAAAAUUGCAGAGGCAAGGUAUUCACAUAAGAUAGACCCUACUAUUUUAAAUAAAAAAGGUUUUCAUAAAUUAUCUUGUUUGAGAGAAUUAUGUUAACAAAUAGGAUUAUAAUUAGUUGCUCGUGAUUAUCAUGAUUUCUAACCUUCAGAUAUAGUAGGAAUUCAACCAAUUAUCAAAUUUAUUGAAUAAGUUUCAGAAGAUGCUAAAAAUAAUAUAGAAAUAGGUCAAAAAUAUAUGCUUGAACAUUAAAAUCAUCAUUAAGCUUUAGAAUCUUAUCUUACUGCAUCUUAAAUUAUAUUAAAUUUACAUGGUUAAAUGCAUAAAGAAUUGGCAAACUGUUAUUCUAAAAUUUCAGCUGUUUAUUUAAGAAAAUAAGAAUAUGAUGCAGCCAUUCAUUUCUAAAAAUAAGCUAUUUAAAUUUAUACUACAAUUUAUGGAUAUGAUCACCCUUUAACAAUAUAAGCUAUUACUGCUUUAUCUUUAUAUUAUUUUUCCACUAAAAAUUACAAAGAAGCUUUUAAUCAUAUGUUACAUACCUUAUACCUGGCUAAUCUAAUUGGAGGUGAAGGUUAAGAAGUAUUUAAUUAAUAUACCAAUUUGUCAUUACUUUAUUCAGAAAGUGGUUAACAUUAAAGUGCUUUAAAUUGUUUAUUUGAAGGGUUAGAAAAAUGUGAAUCUCUAUUUAAAUCUUUUUAAGGAAUUGAAACAUAAUAAUAUAAAUUGAGAGUUUCUGGAUAUUAUUCAGCAAUUGCUUUAGAACAUGGUGAAAUUGGAGACUUUUAAAAAGCAGUUGAAUUUUAAGAAAGAGCUUCUGAACUAUUAAAAAGAGUAAUUUAAAUAUUUAAAUUAGACUCUUAAACCAGAAGAUACAAGAGUUAAAGAAGCUGAAGCUUUAUUGGCCAACUUAAAAAAAGCUUUGAAUGAAAAAAGAAAGGAUACUCAAUAAUCCAAUUUAGGUAUUUUUACUUUUAUAUCUAAAUAGAUAAUAGAAGACAAUUUGGUACUAAUCGCAAUCAAUAAUUAAAAACAGAAUAAUAAACACAAUAAAUUCAAGAAGAAUCAUAUGUUGAAACUGAUAAAGUAUUAAUAUACUAAGAAUAAUAGGAAAGAGAGGCUUUAUUAUAAAAACUUAGAGCUGCCAAAUAAAGUAUGAAAUUCAAGAACAAAAACCAAAUGGAUAUAAAUCGAUAUAUUCUUGCUUAAUAACUUUAUAGAUAAUAACAAUAAUAAUAGAAAGAAUGA